AUGUGUGAAGAAGCUGCCACAACGGACUACGAAGUCACGGUGGACAUACGUCAUAGAUAUCAACGUUUCACAAGAUUUAAAAGAUCAGCUGUGGUAUUUCCCAAAGAACUUGAUGCAAUAUUUAAAGUACAUGAAACCAAUGUACUACUUAGACUUAAGCGAGCGGAGCAAAUUCGUUCCAAUGUCCCGAUAUACAUGCAAAUAGAUGGAAGAAUACGAAAAAUAAAGGUUCCGGAAAGACAGCAUCAUGUCUUUUACCAAGAUGUUAGACAUCUUGCGUCCGUAUCUGUUCAGUGCCUACGGUUCGACCAAGAGAAUAGCACGUGCAGACAUCAGAUGUCUGGACAAUUACUGAUCCACGGAAAACAACAUACCAUAGAACCAUUGUCGGCUAACUUAUCAUCCCCUCUGGGUCCUAAUCAACACAGAGUUGAACUUGUACAGACUAAAGUUGAUUUUACUUCCGAUUACAUAUACCCAGAUAAUUUCGACUUCACGAAACAAAGGCGAAUGGUGGAGAACAUGACCAACCAUAUGGGACGAUUCCGUCGACAAUCGAUCGCCUACCUCGUUGAAAUUCUAUCAGUGAUAGAUUACCCCAUUUAUAACUAUUGGUUAACUGCCAGUACAGAAACGGGGGACGCUGACAAAUCGGCGGACGCCAUUGAACAGAUUUGGUUCCUCCAAGCGCAUCUCUUCAAUGCGAUGGAUGUCCGAUACCAGAGUAUCUCACAGCACACUUCAGCUUACACUAUUACUCCUGUAUUCGCCGGUCUCUAUAUAGCUGAUGAUCCUACACUAUCCCCGUGGACGGAGGACAACAAGGUUACCGCAUCUCCCAGGGACCAGGUAGACGCUCUCGUAAGUCUUCAAGCUUUCAACACCUGGCGUGGUACUGCCACAGGCCUGCCCGAAUUUGACCAUGCAAUGGCAUUUACUGGGUACGACUUGACUUAUUUAAGUUCGACAAGUAAUGCAGGGCUGGCUUAUGUUGGAGGCCUGUGUGGUUCAAACGCUGUUUCGAUAUCUGAAGAUCAUUUCGACCCAGUGUUUGCGAUAGUAGCAUCCCACGAGUUAGGACACAAUCUAAAUUCCAAUCACGACCAGGAUGGCAAUGCUUGUCCAUCCGGUACCAGUAACGUGAUGGCUCCUAGUUCCGGGCCGAGUACAGACUCCACUACGAAUACUAACCAUCAUGUGUUCUCAUCCUGCUCAGUCGCCUACUUCACAGGUUUUAUAAACCAGCUCGAUACAGACAGUAACAAUUGUAUGACCAGUUUGAGUUCCGGCUAUGACCCAACCGCACUUGACCAAUUCCUAACCUUGCCAGGAGAGGGUUUCUCUAUAGAUGACCAGUGCCGUUCUCAGAUGGACAGUGAAGAGUCACACAUGUGCAGGACAUUGACCUCCGACCCCGAUGCUGUGUGUCAGUAUAUCUAUUGUGCAAUCCCAAAUGAAAGCAGCUGUCGGACAAAGUUCGUAUGGGAGGGAACACAGUGUGGGAACGGAAAGUAUGGUUACGAAAUUAGAUGUUGUGAGUCGUGUGCUCAAGCAUACACGUGCGAGUCCGGUUGUGAGUAUGGGGACACGGGGACUGGAUGUAACGUUGCAAACUGUCCUUUCUACGAUGCAGCAAGUUUAUUGCAAUGUUGUGGCACUUGUUCCCCGACGCCACUCCAGUGUCCAACAUCUACGUCAGUCACUACUACUACUCAACCAACUACAACUACUACUCCAACUACCACAACUACAACUGCAACUACCACAACUGCCACUUCAACUACAACAACUACCACUCCAACUACCACAACUACUAUUCCGACUACCACAACUACUACUCCAACUACCACAACUACCACUCCAACAACUACAACUACCACUCCAACUACAACAACUUCCACUCCAACUACCACGACUACCACUCCAACAACUACAACUACCACUCCAAUAACCUCAACUACCAUUCCAACAACCACAACUACCCUUCCAACUACAACAACUACCACUCCAACUACCACAACUACAACUCCAACUAACACAACUACCACUCCAACUACCACAACUACCACUCCAACUACAAUAACUACCAUUCCAACUACAACAACUACAGCUCCAACUACAACAACUACCACUCAAACUACAACAACUUCCACUCCAACUACAACAACUACCACUCCAACUACCACAACUACCACUCCAACUACAACAACUACUAUUCUAACUAUCACAACUACCAUUCCAACUUCCACAACUACUAUUCCGACUACCACAACUACCACUCCAACAACUACAACUACCACUCCAACUACAACAACUACAACUCCAACUACCACAACUACAAUUCCGACUACCACAACUACCACUCCAACAACUACAACAACCAUUCCAACUACCACAACUGCAAUUCCAAGUACCACAUCUAUUACUCCAACCACAAACUCCAGUGACGUCAACUCUGUGACCAAACAGGUUUCGUCUAGUGCGGAUUUGGGUUUAGCAUUGAUGGAAUUAAGUCUCUACAUCACCAUAUCAGCUGUUGGUGUGGUGGGAGCGGGCGUGGCUGGCGUUGUCAUUUACAGGUGUGUCAGGUCGACGUCAAAGGUGACUCCGAAGCCAUAGUGGCAUGGACAGUGAUGUUGUCGUUGACCGAAGAAGGAUUUUUUCAUGACACGCAAGGAAAGUAAGACAACUCCACCGUCCCUGAUGUGAGGAGUUUAUUAUUAUCGUAACCAAUUUUCAUCCUUUUGUUUUACAUAGUUCAUUUUGGAAUCUACACAUCGAUUAGUUUACAAAUUACUAAAACCAUGUUCCUAUGGGUAAAGUAGUUCGAUGUUGAUCCAAGUAGAUAACCAUGUAAAUGGCAGGUUCCUCAUAGGUUGUAGUAAACACGACUUUUCUGUAGCAGUUCAGUGAGUCUCUUGUUUCAUAGGGGAAUGUUCAUGAUGGUGCCCGUUUUAUUUAAGUAUCCCCGCGGUUUCUGUUGCCAAAUGUUUUACUUGUACAUAUAAUAAGACAGUCUUUCUUUGUUAUUAACAUGAUUUCCUUACUGUUAUAUGAUAUUCAAAAUAUGGUAAUGAUACAAAUUAUUUGUAACAAGAUACAGCAUGCAUGUAUGUCGACUGUGUGUUACAUUUCUAAAUCGUUUCUCUUUAUAUAAACAGAACACAUGUUAUAUGCAAAUCGUCUUAUCCCACAUGUCAAUUUACGGUUUGUACAUGUAUUGAUGUAAGCUCACAUGCAUUCGUAUAAGAUAAUAUGUUAUGGUGUAAGUCAUGUUGUGUUUUCAAAGGGUAAUAUAUAUUUUAUGCAAGACAAUGUGUAUAUAUGUAAGACAAGAUGUGUUGAGGAGUGGUAAGUUACACUGAUGUAAUAUAGUAUAUUGAUAU